CUCUCGGUCUCUGUUUCCGCCCGGACUGCUUUUAUAUGCGCGUGUUUUCUAAUGGAGUAUAACUAGUCUGGAGAGUUCUGCGGGUUUCUCUUAAAAUCGGAUUAAAAUAAACUGUUUAUAUUGAAAAUAUCCGGAUUAUGGGUCGCAGCAGGAGCAGGACACCCCCGCGCCGAGAGAGACGCCGCUCUCGCUCCACGUCUCGGGAACGCCGGCGCCGGGACCGGGAUCGAUCACGUUCCCGAGACCGGGACAGACGGAGGAGCCGCUCACGCUCACCACACCGCCGCAGGUCCAGGUCUCCACGCCGACACCGCUCGUCCUCGCUGUCUCCGGUGAGACAGAAGGACAGACGGGAUGAAGACAGGAAGGAAUCGAAGGAUAAACCUGCGAAGGUGCAUCAGAUAUCAGCUGAGGACAUGCAGGGGAAGACGGAGGAGGAGAUCGAGAUGAUGAAGCUGAUGGGCUUCGGUUCUUUUAACACCACCAAGGGGAGGAAGGUGGAUGGAUCUGUAAAUGCUCACGCCAUCAAUGUGACCCAGAAGAGGAAAUACAGACAGUAUAUGAACAGGAAAGGUGGAUUCAACAGACCGCUGGACUUCAUCGCUUAAUAAAGUCGUAAUCGAGCUUCCUGAGA